GUAUACUAAAUAACAGAUUGUGGAUUUCCGCAAAGAAUCAUCCUUUGAUGACGUUCGCAGUAGCCAAACAGGAAGUGUUCACAAGUUGCAGCUGUGAGCUUACAUAGCUUGCGAGCUCAGUUAACUGGUUGUUGCUGGCUGUCGGGGUUAGCUGCAGCUGGUAACAGAGAAAGUAUUAUGAAGCUAUGGAGGAUCGGAAGCUAAAGCGCAAGAAUAGCCGGAGCUCCACCAACCCAGGGACUCAGACCGGAGGCUUAUCCCGGAAGAAUAGCUCUUCCUCCAGGGGAAGGAAUGUCGGCAACAACCAGAACACGGGGAGCAUCUCCAGCCAUAGAAAUAAGAACAGGAGGGGAGUGAGAGAUACUAAGGCAAGAUAUCCACAGGCUGUGGGAGGGAAUAAGAACCAGGGCCAGGCAGCACCUGUCAUCCAGCACUCUUUUCUGACAGAUGUCUCAGAUGUUCAGGAGAUGGAGAAAGGUCUGCUCAGUCUGCUCAACGACUUCCACUCAGGAAAACUACAGGCCUUUGGCAAUGAGUGCUCCAUUGAUCAGAUAGAACACAUCAGAGAGAUGCAGGAGAAGCUGGCACGUUUGCACUUUGACCUUUAUGCUGAGGUAGAGGAAAUGCCUGAGGAUCAGCGGAAAACGGCCUCCGACACCAACAUGGACAAUCUACUUUUUAAUCUCGAGGAGCUCAGUUCUUCCAUCCAGAAGCUGAAUCUAGCGGACACUCAAGAAAUCCCCAGGAUGGCCACCGUGUGACGUUCGUUCUUCAUCCUCCUCUCUCCACGUUACCUCUCCUGAAACCACAUGUCAGCAAUAUUAACAAGGCGGAGUUGGAGGAACUUUGCCUGAAGUUGAAUGUAUUUUCAGAUUGGCUUCACUGCACCCAUCAGUUAAACUAAUCAAGAUGGGUUUAACAGUGCUAUGUCUCUUAUAUUAAAGAUAAGGUACUUAUGUUUUCUAUUUAUUGUAUAAUACUUGUAAGAAAGUUGCACGGAGGCUUAGGUCAAAGAUCUCCAGGUUCAUUAUAUUUCACAUAUUAUAUUUGGUGCAUCCUGUAAUUUUGUGAAAGCAGCAUAGGUUUAUAACCCACCAGAUUCUUAUCUUUCAUAGAAACAGAAAACUGUUAUCGUUUCCUCUUCAGAUUUAACAACAAGAAUAGUGUACAUAAAAAUAGCUCAACUAAAAUUCAGUGAAGCAGCCAGUCAGUUUGAAUGGAACAUACACAGCACAUUGUUUCUGACGGGUCAGUUUGAUGCUGGAUCACAAAUCCAAAUGCUAAUAUCACAGCUAUGCCUUAUUAUUUUUUUCCCGUUUUGAUUUAAUCAUACUUGCCUUAUUAGUUAGCAGUGUUUAACUGACUGGAUUUCAUUUUAACCACUAGAUGGGGGUGUUUUCACACUUAGCCUUUUUGCUUGAUUUUAUUUUUGUUGAUUUAAUAAAUGUCAUGCCUUUGACAUUUUUGAGUGUAUUUCUCUCAUUUACAGUGAGAAAGUAUUUUUUUUCUCAUAGUCAGUUUUAAUAAAGAUCUUUUAAAAAUAA